GUCACUAGCUUUUAAGUAAACUCACCUUCUUGCAUGACCCUCUGCCAACAAAAAUAUAAGAAUUUACUUUGAAUUUUCCUUCAUAUAUAAAACACAACCAUUGUCUACUACUCAAUAUAUAGUCAUGGAAUUCCCUGAACUUUCAUUGGCUCCUUCUCAUCUUGCCAAUUAUGAAUCUCAUCAAAUUAAUCUUCCAAUGAAGAGAAAGCAAGAAAUGAUUCAAGCUAGUGUUGAUCUUCAACUUAAAGAUCCUCUUCCUUUGGAUUGGGAGCAAUGUCUUGAUCUUCAAUCAGGAAGAAUGUAUUACCUAAAUAGGAAAACACUGAGGAAGACAUGGGAUUGGCCAAAGGAUCAAAAGCUAGACCUUGAACUAAACAUGUCAUCAAGGUCAAUUCCAAUGGAUGAUGAUCAUGAUUAUGACUACUACUCAAAGAAACACAACAGUAGUGGGAGCAACAAUAUGAUAGCAUUGCCAUGUUCAAAUUGUCAUCUAUUAGUGAUAGUGUCACAGUCAUCACCAUGUUGUCCUAAUUGCAAGUAUGUUCACUCUCUAGUACUUUCCAACAAAAACAAUGCCACCACCUCUACCCCAAAGUGUUAUGACACUUUGAGCCUCUUGAACUAGCUACCUCUUUGUUGGUUGGAAAAUAGGUUAUUAAUGUGGUCGUUAUAAGACAUCAUGUAGUGUUCUUUCUUCCUUGUGUACUUGAAAUAGUAAAUAACUUUCAAAUAUCACUUUAAUCUUCA